UUUCCCCAAAGUUGGGCGAGAGUCCCGUCCUGCUCAGCUCGCAAAUUGCGUCCCUGACAUGGAGGUGGUAUUGUGUCAUCCAAACAGCAAAACAAAGUGCCAUUCCUUCCUCUUUCAUGGAUAUGCUGUCAUUUUGGGAUGUGGCCAUUGAUUUUUCUCCAGAAGAGAGGGAAUGUCUGAACUCUGCCCAAUGGAAUUUGUAUAGGGAUGUGAUGUUGGAGAAUUACAGCAACCUUGAUUUCCUGGGUCUUACUGUCUCUAAGCCAUAUCUUGUGACAUUUCUGGAGCAAAGACAAGGGCCUACGGGUGUGAAGAGACAAGAGGCAGCCACUGUGCAUCCAGGAAGAACACUCAAUAAAUGUAAAGAUUACAGCAAGGCCUUUUAUUGUAAUUCACUGCUUAUUCAAUGCCAGAGAAUUCUUCCAGGUGAGAACCCCUACAAGUGUGAAGAAUGUGGGAAGGCCUUUCGUAUUCCCUCAAGACUUUCUACACACCAGAGAAUUCAUACUGGAGAAAAGCCCUACAAGUGUGAAGAAUGUGGGAAGGCCUUUAAUACUCAUUCAAAACUUUCUGAACACCAGAGAAUACAUUCUGGAGAAAAGCCCUACAAGUGUGAAGAAUGUGGGAAGGCCUUUAGUGCUCGCUCAACCCAUUAUAGACACCAGAAAAAUCAUUCUGGGAAAAAACCAUACAAGUGUGAAAAAUGUGCUAAAGUAUUUUCUUACCCUUCACUGCUUAAGGUACAUCAAAGAGUUCAUUCUGCAGAAAAAUCCUACAAGUGUGAAGAAUGUGGGAAAUUAUUUUACUGUCCUUUAUUGCUUAAGAAGCAUCAAAUAAUUCAUUCUGCAGAGAAACCCUACAAGUGUGCAGAAUGUGGCAAAGCAUUUCAUUAUCCUUCAUUGCUUAAGCGACAUCAAAGAAUUCAUGCUGGAGAGAAACUCUACAAGUGUAAAGACUGUGACAAGGCAUUUUACUCUUCUGCAUUCUUUAAGCGUCAUGAAAGGAUUCAUUCUGAAGAGAAUUCCUACAAGUGUGGAGAAUGUGGCAAAAGGUUUUAUUCUUUUCCACACCUUCAGGAUCACCAAAGAUUUCAUUCUGGACAGAAACCAUACAAAUGUGAACAAUGUGGGAAAACAUUUUCCACUCUCUCAUACCUUCCUUGGCACAAAUUACGUCAUUCUGGGGAGAAAUCUUACAAAUGUGAAAUAUGUGGCAAAAUGUUUUACUCUACUUUAGACCUUAAAAAACAUCAAAAAAUUCAUGCAUAUAAGUGUGGGGAAUGUCAGUAUACUUUUCCUAAUUACUCAGCCCUUACUGCACACCAGAGAGUUCAUACUGGAGAGAAACCCCACAUAUGUGAACAAUGUGGAAAAGCCUUUUCUAGGCUUGAUAGCCUCAAUCAGCACCAUAUUGUUCAUACUGGAGAGAAACCUUAUAAAUGUGAAGAGUGUGGCAAAUGUUUUUUCCGGUCUUCAUCCCUUAAAAGACAUCAAGGAAUUCAUUCUUAAUAGAAACUUGACAUGUGUGCAUUCAGACCUUACCCAAGAUAAAUGAAUCCAUUAAGUUGAGAAGCCAUGUGCAUGUGAAGAAUGGUGAGUGCUUUGGCAUGGAGUCAACACUUUCUACCAUCAUUAAAGUUCAUUCUGCAGAGAAACUGUCCAAAUGUGAAGGAAAUGACAGGCUUUUAAUGUCUCUUCAUAUCUUAAGUAACAAUGAUCUUCAUCCUGAACCUCAAUGCUAUCAUGUAAAGGAUGUGGUGAAGAUUUCAGUUAUCCAUCAGUCUUGGAUCAACAUCAGGAAUUCACUCCUGAGUGAAACUCUACUCAUUUGCAGAAAAGGACCAGGGCCUAGCUAUUCCUUAUGUCUAUAUAAGCAUCACAUAGUUUAUUCUAAUGAAGAAGCCUAUGAAAGCAAUCAAUGUGGCAUGCUCUUUCCAUGUUCUUCACACUGUACUUACCUGCAGAAACUUCAUACUACAGAGAUUCUACACAUACAAUUAUUGUCCCUAAGCCUUGAACAAUACUUCAGUCUUCAGUAACACCAAAACAUUUAUAUAGGUGAGAAAUCCUGAAGGUGCAAAUGUCCUCCUUAGCUUCAGCUGUCAACUUCACAUGGCAAGCAUUAUCUGAAUUUGUGAAUUCCUGGAUCAGCGUGCCUUAGGACAUGAAUGGGGGUCAUUUUCUUGAUUGUUAAGUCAUGUAGGAGCAUCCAUCCAGGACAAGCAGAACUCUCUUGAGGAGGUGUUCUUGGGUUACAUAAGAAUCAUUGGUGAGCUGAGGAACAUGUCAGGAAGCAUAGUCUCUGCUUCACUUCCUGCCCUAGCUUCCCCGGAAGAGAAACAGAGACCCUUAUGUUGAAAAUAUUUCUUCCCUGAAGUUGUUUUUGGCCAUGCCAUUCAUGACUCCAACAAAUCAAUGUAGGAAAACAAAGAACAUGGGAGGCAUGUCCUUCCUCUUCAUACCUCUGUUGCUAUCAGACUUUCUACUAGAGACAGUGUCACAAAGCCUCUAGAUGUGUUCAUCCUCUACUGGACACCAGGAUUUUUAUAUUGCAGAAAAGAAUAUGACAAAGAAUUUUAUGUUUCCUUAUUUAACACCAAAAAUUUCAUACUGUAGAUGAACUUUGUAAAAGCAAAGACAAUAGCUACAUGUUGAAUAAUUGUUCCAAACUCAGUGUGAAAAAUUUAGAUAUGAAUGAAACUAAGACAUUCAGUUACUAAGAGAAUCUGUGUGUUCUAUUCUUUACACUAUAACAUCAGAAAAACAUUUUUU